UCUCUUUUCAUGCAGAAAUCCCAGGUUUUGUGCGGUGCAACUGGUCUGGAAAUGACUGCAAGCAUCCAAGGGCCUGAACGGAGGAUCGUCAUUGUGGGCCAAACCGGAAAUGGGAAAAGUGAGACGGGAAACACAAUCCUGGGAAGCAAAGUCUUUGAGACUGGAUGGUCACUUCAGUCAAUAACAGAAGCAUGCCAGAAGGAAGAGGCACAGCUGAACGGCAGGAAGAUUGUGGUUGUUGAUACACCUGGCUUUUCCCAUGCCAAUCUUCCAAACGAGGAUAUUGCUACUCAAGUGAACAAGUGCGUGAAGCUUUGCUCCCCGGGUCCCCACGUCAUUCUGCAGGUGAUGCGCCCUCGUGGUUUCACCGAGAAUGAGAAGGCCGUGGCUCAGCAGAUCAAGGAGAUUUUUGGCCUGAAAGCCAGGAAUUACAUGAUCCUCUUGUUCACCCACAAAGAUGAGCUGGAAAGGGAAUCUCUUGAAAGAUUUAUAUCUGUCCAAGAUAAAAAACUGAAGGAAUAUAUUGCUGUAUGUGGGAACCGGUACCUGGCUUUCAACAACAAGGCCGAAGGGGUGGAACGAGAGGCUCAGGUGGCCGAACUGAUGACCAUGAUGGACGAGCUGGUGCAAACGAACAGACAUGCUCCUUGUUACACAGAAGACAUGAUGAACUUCAACAGACACAACUUCUGA